CGCUCGGCUGGCGCGGGAGCCGCGGCCCUGGAGGCGGCGGCGGAGCGCGGCGUCACGUGGCCGGGGAGGGGCUUGUGCGCCGCCCGCCCGCAGCUCGGCCGCCGCCGCCGCGUCCCAUUCAUGAGGGCUGCCCGGCCCAGCUGCGGCCCAGGCAGCUCCCGAGGCAGCGGCGGCGGCGGCGGCGGCUGCGGUGGGCGCCCGGGCUCCGCGCGCCUCGCCGGCCGGCCCCGCCCCCUCGGCCGCCCGCGAACCCGCCGUUCAGCCGCCGCCUCCCCUCGGCAGCCCUCGGGCGCCGGCGCGGGUUCAGAGCGGAGCCGCAGUCUCAAACCAUGAAUUAUGUGGGACAGCUGGCUGGGCAGGUUUUUGUCACUGUGAAAGAACUCUACAAGGGCAUCAACCAAGCCACUUUGUCUGGGUGCAUCGAUGUCAUUGUGGUGCAGCAGCAGGAUGGCACCUACCAGUGUUCGCCUUUCCAUGUUCGGUUCGGGAAGCUGGGAGUCCUGAGAUCCAAGGAGAAAGUGAUUGAUAUAGAAAUCAAUGGUGAGGCAGUGGAUCUUCACAUGAAGUUGGGUGACAAUGGAGAAGCUUUCUUUGUGGAGGAGACGGAAGAGGAAUAUGAAAAGCUUCCUGCUUACCUGGCCACCUCACCAAUUCCCACUGAAGAUCAGUUCUUCAGAGAGAUUGACACCCUUUUGGUGAAGCCUGGUGGAAGUGAAAGACCAUCUCAGGGUUCAGACAUCUCACACAUCUUAGAAACAGAGAUACUUUUCACUUCAAGUUCUGUGAAAAAGAAAAAACGAAGAAGAAAGAAGUGCAAACAGGAUGGUAAGAAGGAAGACCAGGCCGUGUCCCCUGCCUCAGAAGACACUGUGGAUGUGGACCUAAGCUCUGACGAUGACAAGGGGGCCCAGUCAGCAAGAGGAUCUUCAAAUGCUUCCUUGAAGGAAGAAGAAUACAAGGAAACUUUGUUCUUCCAUUCUGGGGAUCACUACCCCUUAUCUGAUGGAGAUUGGUCCUCUUUAGAUAAUGCUUAUUCCCCGGCGGCCUCAUGUCCUAAGAGCGAUUCAGAGCUGGAGGUGAAACCUGCCGAGAGCCUGCUCAGAUCCGAGUCCCACAUGGAGUGGACAUGGGGCGGGUUCCCAGAGUCCACCAAGGUCAGCAAAAGAGAAAGAUCAGAUCAUCAUCCUAGGACAGCUACAAUUACACCAUCAGAAAAUACCCAUUUUCGGGUAAUUCCCAGCGAGGACAGCCUCCUAAGUGCAGUUGAAAAUGAUGCUUCCGUGGGAGAAACGGUCUGUGCCAUAGUGAAACCCAAGCCCCGAGCCCUGUGCAAGCAGAUGAGCAAUGCAGCUUCCACUGCAGAGCUUCUGGCCCCUCCCUUUGAGCCAACCACAGACCAUGUUCCUCACCCAUCAGCAGUGGAGGUGCCCUCAGAAUCAAAACCAGCAGCAAAAGUAGACUCACCAUCAAAGAAGAAAGGUGUCCACAAGAGAAGCCAACACCAGGGACCUGAUGAUAUUUACCUAGAUGACUUGAAAGCUCUAGAACCUGAAGUUGCAGCUCUCUAUUUCCCUAAAAGUGAAUCAGACCCUGGCUCCAGGCAAUGGCCCGAGUCUGACACGCUCUCUGGCUCCCAGUCCCCACAGUCCGUGGGAAGCGCGGCUGCAGAUAGUGGCACCGAGUGCCUCUCAGAUUCUGCCAUGGAUUUGCCUGAUGUCACCCUUUCCCUUUGUGGGGGCCUCAGUGAGAAUGGAGAAAUUUCUAAAGAAAAAUUCAUGGAGCAUAUUAUUACUUACCACGAAUUUGCAGAAAACCCUGGACUCAUAGACAAUCCUAACCUUGUAAUACGGAUAUAUAACCGUUACUAUAACUGGGCUUUGGCUGCUCCCAUGAUCCUUAGCUUGCAAGUAUUCCAGAAGAGUUUGCCUAAGGCUACAGUCGAGUCCUGGGUGAAAGACAAAAUGCCAAAGAAAUCUGGUCGCUGGUGGUUUUGGCGUAAGAGAGAGAGCAUGGCCAAACAGCUGCCAGAGGCCAAGGAAGGGAAAUCCGAGGUACCAUCGACUGGUGACCUGCCAUCAAGCACAAAGGAACCAGCCAGUGGCAGGCCGGCUGAGGAUGACUCAUCAAGUGAGGAGGGGUCACAGGAGCUCGAAGGAUCGAUCAGAGUGGACCCUGUCCCCACAGAGACUGCAGGCCACAGCAGCACAACCAGCUAUAAGAAGUCUCUUCGACUCUCCUCGGACCAGAUUGCAAAACUGAAGCUCCAAGAGGGCCCAAAUGAUGUUGUGUUUAGCAUUACAACCCAGUAUCAAGGUACCUGCCGCUGUGCGGGAACCAUUUACCUGUGGAACUGGAACGACAAGGUGGUCAUUUCUGACAUUGACGGCACAAUCACCAAGUCUGAUGCUUUGGGACAGAUUCUUCCACAGCUGGGUAAAGAUUGGACUCAUCAAGGUAUAGCAAAGCUCUACCAUGCCAUCAACGAGAAUGGCUACAAGUUUCUGUACUGCUCUGCCCGCGCCAUUGGCAUGGCCGACAUGACCCGAGGCUACCUGCACUGGGUCAAUGACAAGGGCACCAUCCUGCCCCGGGGCCCUCUGAUGCUCUCCCCCAGCAGCUUGUUCUCUGCCUUCCACAGGGAAGUGAUAGAAAAGAAACCAGAGAAGUUCAAAAUCGAGUGUCUAAAUGAUAUCAAGAGUCUGUUUGCCCCACCUAGGCAGCCUUUCUAUGCUGCCUUUGGAAACCGUCCGAAUGAUGUCUAUGCUUACAUGCAAGUUGGAGUUCCAGACUGCAGAAUAUUCACUGUGAACCCGAAGGGUGAAUUAAUACAAGAAAGGACCAAAGGGAACAAGUCAUCGUAUCACAGGCUGAGCGAGCUUGUGGAGCACGUGUUCCCACUUCUCGAUAAGGAGCAGAAUUCCGCCUUCCCAUGCCCAGAGUUCAGCUCGUUCUGCUACUGGCGAGACCCGAUCCGUAAAGUGGACCUGGACGACCUGGCCUGAAGCGGCACCUCCAGGGAGACGUCCUCAGUCACUUGCCUCGAAGCAAGGGAAGGUGACCGGCACUUCUGCUGGACAAAGGACACUGGGCUACCCUCCAAGCCACAGGUGUGGGACAAGACUUGCUGACAGCCAGGCAGCAGCAGGGGACAGUGAGAACUGGAGCUGGAGUGGCCGUCCUCCUCCCCUGCUGGGCUCAGGGGUGCAGCUCAGAGGCCUGAGGAGAAAGGAGCUCGGACCUGAGGGUGAGGCCUAGGUGCCUGUCACUGGUUCUUUUCAUGCACACUCUGCUGGGUGUUCCUUUAAUUGGAUAACAUAAAAUGAAGGGAAAAAAGCUAAAUUAGAGUGGACCAGAACAUUGUACAAAGCAAAGUGUUAUAAUUUCUACUUAGCAGCUGAGAGGCUCUCUAAAACCGGGGCUUGAUUGAGGGGCUCGGUUGACUGAACUGCUCCAGGUCCGGGUAGUGAUGUCAGUUUGGCCGCCUGCACAUGUUUCUCUUGUGGACUCCUCCUCUUCUGCUACCGUGAACCAGGAGGGUCACUGGGGAGCCAGCCAGGGGACCCCAGGACCACUGAUCCCAGCCUCACAAACAUCGGCUUCUGGGGAGUAAAAGCCCCUUGGAUCAUCAUCUUCUUGUAGGUGACUAAUAGGUGAUGAGAGCCCCGGCCUGGCGAGGCAGGCCUUACACGGUGGAUCUGAUGUCUGUAAGGGCAGCACUCACAGCAGGAGCUGGUUAAAACAGCCAAGGACAGAUUGUUUGCAGUGCAGAUGUGCACUUGCACUGGGUCUGGAAGUCCUUCCCUGCUCCUCCGCCCGUAGCUCUGUUACACAGCCUGGGUAUAAUGAGCUCGUGUCAGAGUCUGAGCAGGCAGCACCCAGGGAGGACUCUUUUCUGUCAGCUUCUUGACUGUGAUAGCCUGGAGAGACUGGGCUGGAGGUUGACAGUCACCUCAGUAUUAAAACCAGGAGAACUGUUGGAGAGGAAGGCUUCAGGAGACCAUAAUGGUGACACAUAGGCCUCCGUCAGUGAGAAGGCAGUGAGCAGGGGGCUGCUGUGGUUACGACUCGAGACGGGUCUCCAUUUCCACUUCUGCUUUCCCUCUGCUGGCACAGGGGGUUCUCCUCCUUUUAGUGUGCUCCGUCCAAAAUAACAGUGAUCUAGAGAUGGAGAAAUGGGGUGGUUGUUUUCCAGAUUGGAGAGUUGAAAGUCCCCAGCUUACAAGGUUCAGCCACUUUUCCAGUCUGUUGGAUGCAGAGACAGUGGCGGGAUCCCCGAAGGCAUUUCUCAGUGGCAGCACCUGGGGGCACUGUUCCCAGAGGAGGAAUGGCACAUGGCACACGCUUCCUCCUGUGCAGGCCUUUCUCCCUUCAGUAGUUGAAGGACUAAUCAUUCAGUGAGUUUAUUUGUGUACAGUAGGUUAUGGAAACUAUGUUCAUGUGAGGUUCUGCCCAGUUAAUGAAUUAAGUCCUAGCAGAGUAGCCAUGCAUCUGUCUUUCUCGUAGACGCCAUCAGUGUGUCUUCUUGGCCACAUUUGCUUUAGAAGAAUGAGCAUUGUGCAUUUAACCUGAGCUUAGUAGGGCUUUGCAUAUGUGCGGUAUGGAAACUCUUAAAACACUUUUGUUGACCUUUUAGUUUGUCCUUUCAAGAGUUUUUGGGUAGAUGGUUUGUUUUUCUUGAUAACGCCCUCCUCUCUGGGCACAGGAGCCUGCUUGAAGGGUCCAGCCUAGGAGCCCUCUCAGCCCUGCUCUGCAGGUGGUUGGUAUCUGUCCCAGUGUCCAUAAGCACUAGACUUUGUCAUUUUGUCACUGCAGAUUGAUCCAGUGGGUACAUAUGCUAAUUAGUGUCUUUCCUUAUUUAAAGGAGUCCCUCUUGCUGAAGGUAGAUGAUUACUAUUACUGUAGUGUUCAAGUAUUAAGUUUAUGCUGAAAAUCCAUUGCCAUUUGGUACAAAUGACAUUUGUUCUUUCUGUGAAAGAGAGUUACCCUUGAGUGUGUUUGUACACAGACCCACAUGGUGAGCUAAGGAAGGAAGCGUUAGCCCCAGGCAUUCUGUGAUGGGCGGCAUCAAGGGGAGACUGCCUGCAGACUGCGGCCCUUCCCACUCCCCGGUUUAGCCAGACUUUGGUGUUUUAUCUCAGUGUCCUUGUACUGAAGCUUGUGGUGUCGAGCCUGCGUCUCUGGCAGGCACCAGGAACCCUUCGUGGGAGCCUGGAGUGUGUACACCUAGUCCGUGGGAAGGGUACUGUGCUUGCUGUGCUUAAAAACAUCUGUGUAGUUUUCAGCCCGAAAAAGAUUAAGCUUAUGAGUGUGGUGUCCUAAAAUGAAAACUGCUCCCAUGGGGAGAACAGCUGAGUGAGUGACAGCCGGACGGCUGGGAAGUGCUAGUUUCUGUGAGACCGCGCUCGGCCUUCUGGGUGUUUGUGACAGUGCGGACAAGCUUUUAGAAAUAGGUAAAACAUUAACUUUCUAUUUUUGCAAGUUGGUAAGAAAGGACUCUUCCAGGUAAUUUUAUCAUCUUUUCAAGUAUCCUUUGUGCUCUGGGUGGCCUUUUCCCCUGUUUUAGAACAUGUGGAGUUUAAUGGAACCGGUUAAAAAUUGAGUUUUUGUUUAAAGUAAGUGCUCUUUCCAGAUGAAAACUACUUGUUUAGUUUGUUUUGAAGGUAAGGAAAGGAGGAGGAAAAAUUGUUCUUUAAUUAAUUAUAUUCAGUCUGUGAUUAAGUAUUUGAUUAUUAGACAGCAGUUCCACUAAAAAGUUUUGUCAGAAAUUAAUUGUAAACAUCAGAACAGAACUCUUAGUUAUGGCAAAGACAGUUGUCUUCAGAUAAAUGACUCAUACUUUGGUGCAGUGUUUGAUGUUCAAAACAAAACAUUACAACAAUAAACAAACAUAAACUUUAA